UUGGAGACCCCUGCUUUAAACCAUUAUUUUAAAAAAUCCCAGCAAUGCCUGUUUUGUAUCUAUUGAUUUCAGUGGGACAGUCUCUAGUAGAAUAGAAUAGAAUUUUUUUUUUUUAUUGGCCAAGUGUGAUUGGACACACAAGGAAUUUGUCUUGGUGCAUAUGCUCUCAGUGUACAUAAAAGAAAAGAUACGUUCAUCAAGGUACAACAUUUACAACACAAUUGAUGAUCAAUAUAUCAAUAUAAAUCAUAAGAUUGCCAGCAACAAGUUAUAGUCAUACAGUCAUAAGUGGAAAGAGAUUGGUGAUGGGAACUAUGAAACGAUUAAUAGUAGUGCAGAUUCAGUAAAUAGUCUGACAGUGUUGAGGGAAUUAUUUGUUUAGCAGAGUGAUGGCCUUCGGGAAAAAACUGUUCUUGUGUCUAGUUGUUCUGAUGUGCAGUGCUCUAUAGCGUCGUUUUGAGGGUAGGAGUUGAAACAGUUUAUGUCCAGGAUGCGAGGGAUCUAGUUACAUGCAACUAUUGCACUCUCCAAUAAAUAUGCGUAAGAUUGAAUUCUGCUGAACUCAGCAGGAUUUCCAACAGGAGAUAAAAUGUUGCACUGUAAAUGCAAAGAUGAAAGCAGUGGAAUUUUCAAUAUAAUCAUAAAAGUGCAUUGCUGUACAAUCUUUCUUUUAAUGUUGAAAUCCAGGAUGUGGUUUCAUUGUGUCUUAAUGUGUCUUCUUGCAGAAUUAUUCUACGAAUUACCAACUAUAUAGAAGGGACAUUUGAAGAAUGUUAUAGACAGUGCCGAUAUUGGGUAGGAAGUUAAAAAAAAUAUAUCAUUAGAUCUUGUUGUAUGCAAGUCCUGAUACUUUGUGUUUCAUAGAUAUGCCAUAAACAAUUAUCCCUAAUUUGUAAUUGGGAUGGUGAUGUUCUUUUGAGUCAGUGUUGUAUGCUGUAUAAACUUGAAUGCUUAUUGGAUAUAAGCAGAUCAGGUGAUGUGUAUUUGUGUAAUGAGGGUGGGUGUGACCUAAGACAAGGGUCACCAAACCUUCAGACCUCAGGGACCACUAAAUUCAUAAUUUUAAAUCCCGCGGACCACUAAUAUGAUCUGCCUAAUGACCGGCUGGGUAGGCGCUAGGUGAUAAUGUGACUGGGUGGGCAUGGCCAACUCGAUGUCACUCACAUCAAGGGGCGCUUCGCCAGCAUCUACUCGCCCCUCCCCUGACAGCCACUCCUCACCUGUCGGCCUGGGCUCCUUAGGGCCCGAACAGGAAGCAGUUGUUGGAGCUAAGCAGCCACUACAAGAAAGAGUUGGCAAAACAGCUGAGUUCAAAUUGGAUCUGACCGAGAAGGAGGCUCAGCAGAAGCAUCUCACUUCUGCUGAGUACUAGGAGCAUAGGCUUUCCAAGCAGAGGGAAGACCUGUGGGAGUGCAAGGCCAGGUAUAGGUGCCUGGAGGCUCAGUGGGCUGAGAUGGUCAGCCAGUUCCAGGCCAUGAUGCAGUCCCACUGGAACAAGACCUUCCGGCUCUUCGCCACCAGCAGUGCUUCACUCCAGUCUUCACCCACAGCCCUGCACCAGGAGGCUGAAGCAGACCCUGUUGGAAUUUCUGCCUCCGAGCCAUACAAAAAGACCCUGAAGGGGGAGACUCUGUAUCAGCACAAACCUUCAUUGCAUGUAUCCGACCCAGGGUCUGUAGUUUGAGGACCCCUGAUUUAGUGCAAUAUAAAAAAUCCAAAUAAUUUUACUGAGGACCAUCAACAUUUUCUCGUGGACCACCAGUAGUCCACGGAUCACCAGUUGGUGACUACUGGCCUAAGAGAUCAACACCCUAUAUCAAGGUAUGCAUAAUUAUUAGGCAGCUUCUUUUCCUCAGGCAAAAUGGGCUAAAAAAGAGUUUUAACUGACUCUGAAAAGACAAAAAUUGUAAAAGUUCUUUCAGAGGAAUGCAGCACUCUUGAAAUUGCUAAGAUAUUGUGGCGUGAUCAUAGAAACAUCAAACAUUUUGUUGCAAAUAGUCAACAGCGUGUGUCCACUGAAUAACCACAAUCCAGUACACAUCUACUUUGAAAUUUAUUGUAGCUUUUUUGUAGGUAGUAGAAUUGUAAACCUAAAGGAAUUCACAAGUAAGUAAACAUAAUGGAAUUGGGAUGCACAAUAAAAAUGUAUGACUUUUGAUUACCACUUCAUGAGGUGAGGACAAAGAUGUAAUGGGUAGAAGCUUAUUAAAAAGAGACCCAACCUAGAUACAAGGAGAAAUUUUGUGGCAGAACAAUCAAUGAAAUAGCUUGCCUCCCAGAGUUGUGUGUGCUUUAUCACUGGAGAUUUUCAAAAAUAGAUGGGACAACCAUUUAAUUGGGAUGAUGUAAGCUUGCCUUGAGCAGGGAGUUUGACUAGAAAACCUUCAAGGUCCCUUCCAGUCCUAUGAUUCUAUAUUCUAACUGAGUUGAUCCCAUUGGUUGCAACAAGAAUUGACUGACUGGUUUGUCACUGACAUCGUGGGCUGAGAAAGAGAAACUGGUCCAAGGUCAUCUAGUUGGCUUUCAUGCCCAAGAAGGGACUAGAACUCACAGUCUCCUGGUUUCUAGGCCAUCAUCUUAACCUCUGAACCAAAUUGCUUCUCUUCCUAUGGCUUAAUACAGUACUAAGCUUAAAUUUAUUCAUAAAGUCUGUCUGUAUUUAUUUAGCAAAUUUAUUUCCUGCCCACUCCUAAUUCGUUUUAGGCAGCCUAAAGUAUAGUUAUAUAAAUACUAAAAACUAUAUAUGAGUGGUGACCUAGUGGUGAAGACAUUUGCCUCCCACUCAGAAAGUUGAGAGUUCGAUCCUAAGUAGUGGCAGUUGUUUGUGGCGUGCACAAAGAAAAUAUCUGCUGUGAACUCCACAUAGGCAUCAGGAAGGACAUCUGACCAGUAAAUGCUCAGUUCCAUUUAGCCUCCCCAACUCUAUCCCAAGGGAUUACAGGACCAUUAAAAACCCUAAAAACGAUAUGUGUAAACAUUAAAAGGCCAGCAGCAUAAUGUCCCGAAGUCUUCUAUUAAAUUAUAAUGAGGAUAAUCUUAAUUCCAGCACCAGUUUUCUGCCUAAUGAAGAUAUCAUAUCAAAAAACUUUGUAAAUUGUAAAUUGAAUUUUACAAAUUCAGAAAGCAAGCAGAUCGGAAAAACUUUCACAAAUUGUUCAGUUGAAUAUCUAAGAAAAGAAAUAUUGCCCAUUUUUGUAGAAAUUCAUCAUCAUCUGGAUUCCGUUCUUCUCAUCCUUCUGGUUUUCUGCUAGUGUUGUUCUGUGCAGUAAAAAUGCAAAACAAUUAACUGAGGCAUAAAACUAGUUGAUAAUAUAUUGGGUAAGGAAUAGGAGUAAAGGUGUGUCUAUUUCAGCUCUGUAUUUGUUCAGUGUCUUUGAAUUACAAUAGCCUGAUCUGAUUUGAUAAGUUUUUCACAAAACAGAAAAGAGGAAGAAAGUGCUGGAACUCAGAAUCUGAGGGAACAUUGCCUUUGCUCCACUCUCUUUCCACCCUACUGAGCUUCUGCAUUGGGAAGGUGUGGUCAUUCUGCACUGUUGUCUUCAGAUGGCAGUUGUAUCUGCUGUUUGCUGUUUUGCCAUACCUCUUGUUUACUCAGACAGUAAUCUGUCUGGAGCUGACUGCCCAUUGUUGGCACUGCUGAAGCUGGCUCUGGCUCUGGCUCUUCGUUGUCGGUCCCCUGUUCUGAUUUCAAAUCUGAGCCCACUAUGAGCAAACUAGCACACAAAUUCACCUUUGCAAUGCGCAUCAAUAGUUUUAAGUUGCACCUCGAUCUUUUUAAAUGAUUACGGAAAAGUGUAUCAAAUUUUGCAUGAAAAUAUCUUGUGAUAUUAAUAGCAUAAAAGGAGUGUUUUAUAUUUUCCCCCAAUAUUUAGUGCUUUUCUAGAUUUAAUAAAGGUCAGAUCUGGUAGCCUUGAUUAAUGAGGUUUCAUUUCAAAACUGGUUCACUGUCAUUAUAGAUUCCAUUGCUUCAAUAAAUGACAUAUGUCUCCAUAAACAAAUAUGGAGCAAGAGAAGAGUAUCUCAACCCAAUCCAAUUAAUAUGUUCUUGGAAGUAAAAUCUCAUUGUUUUAACUACUUAACUAUUAAAUGCAUGAUUUAUAGUAAGUUUCACUGAAUUGAACAUUCACUACAAAAUACCAUCAGAAACGGGUUGAAUAGAUCCAGCCCUAUUUCACUUGAAAGACAUGACUCUUGAAGAAACACACAGACUUGAGUUGCAUUUAUUUUUUAUUUAUUUAUUUAUUUUGUCAAACACAACAGUAUAUAUAAGUAUAAGCUGAAAUAACCAUACAAAUUGGAUACAAUCAAAGGGAACAUUAUGACAGGAACGGUAGGCACUCUGGUGCUCUUAUGCACGCCCCUUAUAGACCGUUUAGGAAUGGGGUGAGGUCAAUAGUAGAUAGUCUUUGGUUAAAGCUUUGGGGAUUUUGAGAUGAGACCACAGAGUCAGGUAGUGCAUUCCAGGCAUUAACAACUCUGUUACUGAAGUCAUAUUUUCUACAAUCAAGAUUGGAGCGGUUCACAUUAAAUUUAAAUCUAUUGUGUGCUCGUGUAUUGUUGCGAUUGAAGCUGAAGUAAACUUCGACAGGAAGGACAUUGUAGCAGAUGAUUUUAUGAGUUAUACUUAGGUCAUGCCGAAGGCGGCGGAGUUCUAAAUUUUCUAAACCCAGGAUUUCAAAUCUGGUGGCAUAAGGUAUUUUGUUGUGAUCAGAGGGGUGGAGAACUCUUCUUGUAAAAUAUUUCUGGACACGCUCAAUUGUAUUAAUGUCCGAAAUGAGGUGUGGGUUCCAGACAGGCGAGCUGUAUUUGAGAAUUGGUCUAGCAAAUGUUUUGUAUGCUCUGGUUAGUAGUGUAAUCUUUCUGGAGAAGAAGCUACGCAAGAUUAAGUUUACAACUCUUAAAGCCUUUUUGGCGAUGUAGUUGCAGUGGGCUUUGGCACUUAGAUUGUUUAAUAUGAAAACUCCAAAGGUCUUUGACGGGGUGAGGGUCAUCUACAAGGUAAUGUCCAUCAAGCUUGUAUUUAGUGCAUAAAAAAGACUUUUUGAAUGUCAGUGCUAAUUAGCAAACAUUCAAUGAAAAUGUAAAAGGAAAUGAAACAGUCUUUAACAGCAAUAUUAAUCAAAAGGGAAUUCUCAGCUGAAGGCAAAACUUGUAUAAAUAAUUUAAAUAUCAUAGAUACACUCAUAAAUUGCUUAUUUUAUGAUAAUAGCCUAAUAUGGAUGCCAGCCCCAUUGGAAGAUACAUUGAACCAGACUGCAAAUUAUUUGCUGAAAGUGAAGAACUGCAUUUGCUUAGUUAUUCUGAAUUUUUGAUGCAGUCCUAUAAUGAAAAUCUACAGCUUAACUGCCACUGAAAUUGCUUUAGGUAUUAUAGUCUCUGUUAAAACGUGAUAAAAUAAAAGACACGGGAAUCUUAAUGACUAUAACAUGCAAUAUUAGUUUGGGAAGGCAGCAAUGGUUGCAUCUUCAGAAAAAGUAAACAAAAAGAAACAAUAUAAUUUUCAGAAAAUAGGCUCAUCUGGUAACCAAUCUGGUGUAGUGGUUAAGAAGUUGACCUAGAAACCAGGAGUCUCUGAGUUCUAGUACUGCCUUAGACAUGAAAAACCAGCUUUGAGCCAAUUACUCUAAGCCUCACAGGGUUAUUGUGGGGAAAAUAGGAAGAGGAGAUAGUGUUAGUUAUGUUUGCAGCCUUGAGUUACGUAUAAAGUAAUGAAAAUGGGCUUUUUAAAAAUCAAAUACAUAAAACCAGUAGUGCAAGAUCUGUAGGAAGAAAGUAUAUAACACAUAUAUGACAGAAGAAAUAAUCGGAGAAGAUCCUUAUCUUCGGAUAUGAUUCCUGAACUGGCAUGUUUGUUAUAUAAAACUUGUUUCUUUGGAUUUUUUAUUUAUGAAUUUAUAAACAAUUUGCCUCAUAUGCAUUGAAGAAAUAUGUCAUGUUUAUAAGUAAACAUGAUCAGUCAAUAUAAACAGUCAAUAUAAAAAGUGGGCAGGCCUACAUUAUCAGUAUUAUUUUGACAACAAAGCCAAUGUUUUAAUGCCUUGUGACCCGAGCAUGCUGCUUUUGGCACAUCUAAUGGGAGAGUUACCGCUGGGGAGAGAUAGUCCUAUAAGAACACUAGUCUCAAUUUGUGAAGGACUUUAAAGGUAAUCACCAGCCCCUUGAAUUGCACGGCAACUAAUGCAGCCAUGAAGCAGAGGCAUCAUAUGUUCUGAGAAACUAGCACCCAGAACUGCUUGAGCCAUUGCAUUUUGCACCAGCUGAAGCUUCUGCAUAUUCUUUAAGGGUAGCCCCAAUUUUUGGCCUUUGUUCAACAAUUGAUACAAGUGAAAUAUACAAUACAGUAUAUACUAUAGCUUAUACAGUACAGUACAGUAUAAUACAAUACAGUAAACUUCAAAAUACAGGAUCGGUGGAUGAGAGCAAAUCAAAUUUAUGAAAAGGUUUAGUUGCAUAGUUUCCCCUUUUAUUUAGAUGGAAUAAAAGGCAGACAGAACUUUCAAAUCUGAAACUACUGAAACAAUAGUAAUAACAUUUUUGGAGUAGAUUCUAAGUCCCUGCAAUAACAAAGAGGGAAAAAAUGCAAAUAAAGGCUAUCCAAUCUCGGUUUUCAUCCAGGCUUUCUCAUAUUUUCAGCCAAUCAUAUAGCUACGUGGGGAAAAGGUGGCUACUAUGGUUACCACGUAAACAGUUUCCUGUUUCAACAGUAGCUGCUGAGGGAGUCAGGCUUUGUACCUAAUUUGGAUUUUAAAACAGAAAUCUAGUGGCCUAGACAUUUGCUGAAUCUUAUUUCUCAGAGUGCUGGCAUACUGGCAAUAAGAGCUGCUGCUUAUUUGACAGCUUCAGUGUUCUCUCUGCCAUUGUGUUGGGAGACAGAUAGUAUAUUCAGGACGUGGAAACAACUUGAUCAUGUCAGAAAUGACUAAUAACCAGGAUGGCAAGAGCAAGAAGCACAGCAUCAUUAUCAAUACGUAAGUAGCAUGGUAUGGUUGAAGCAAAGGGAUGGUUUUGAAGCAAACUCAGUGGAGAGGAGGCUAUCUCCACUCAUUUUGUGACAAGCUAAUACAGGUUUUUCUAACAUGCUUUUCUACUGUUUUAGAUAUAAUGUUCAUCAAAUCAGUUUGGACAAAGAAUCAAUGCUUAUAAGCAUUGCAAUCUGUAGCAGUCAGUGAGGACCAGAUUGUGGGCAUAUAGGAUAAACAUAUUCCUGAAAACUGAAGGGCAGUAUUCCUAAAACUCAAGUUGCCUGUAUUAAGGCAAGAGACUUCAGCAGUGGGACAUGAGGGUGGGGAGAAGGCAUGGUCUCUAUAGAAACAGACUUCUCCUGCGGUUUAAUUGUCUUCCUCAAGCAUUUGGUAAGAAUCCCCUCAAUUAGAAACUGGAAUGUAGGAGGUCAUUCUGAUUCUAAUUUGUUUGUGUGAAUUGAUUCCAUUUCUCUUGUGGUUCUAAAAGUUUUCAUUCUAAAGUAAAGAAAAAUGUACAAAUACAUUGUAAAAAUAUGUGGUACUUGGUGCUCAUUGUAAAUUGGUUCUGGGAGGUGUGAUGAGUACCAAGAAUGAUGAGUACCAAACAAUUUUUUCCUAUGGGGAAUAAUAUAGUGAGUCACAAGGCAACUGACAUUGACAAGUUCUACCUUGUAUGUUGAGUAACAGGACAAAAUUUUCCUGUCAAAAUGCAUUGACUACCAAAUUCAAUGAGUUUCAAAGCAGUUGAGUACUAAGAUACAACUAUGUAUAAAUUGAAAUAGUCUCAAAUUACCAUAUUUGUCAGAGUAUAAGACAUACUCCCCCCCCCCAAAAGUGGAUGAAAUUUUCGGUGCAUCUUAUACAGCGACGCAGUGGUGGCAAACAGGCUGCGCCAAACGGGCCACAGCGGUGGCGAAUGGUCAACAUAGAAUGAGUGGUGGUGAAUGGGCCAUGCCAAACAGGCCGCAGCAAACAAGUCAUGCCAAAUGGGUUAUGGUAAAUGGGCCACGGCAGCAGCGAACGGGCCAUGCCGAAGGGAACAGGUGGCAGUGGCAGUGGCAGUGAACAGGUCGUGUUGAACAGGCUGUCACCGUGGUGAAUGGGCUGCACCAAACGGGUUAUACUAGUGGCGAACGGGCUGUGCCGAAUGGGCUGUGUUGCUGGCAAACGGGCUGCAGUCGCGGCAGCAAAUGGGUGGUGCCGAACGGAUCGCAGCAAAUGGGCUACAGCGACCAGGCCAGAUGAAUACCAGAUGGAUGCUGGGAGGCUGAGGCAGAAUUUUUUUUCUUGUUUUCCUCCCCAAAAGAGGUAGGUGCAUAUUAUAGUCUGGAGCGUCUUAUACUCUGAAAAAUAUGGUAAAUAAUUUUAGUAUCAUUGCUAAAUUAAGAAUAAGUUUUAUACUUAACACAUUAAUUGUGCUUAUGAAUUUAUGAUUAAUGUUUUUUUUUACUUUAAUUGAAGAGAUUGCAAGUGGUUGAGAAAGGUUAAUAGAGUAUGUGUGUACACAAUUUAUUCUGAACCCUUCCUAAUAGCCAGGGAUGGGCUUCAAAAUUUUUAGCAAGGGGUUCUCUGCCUGGGUGCUGGGUGGGCGUGGCCUAGUCAGCCUACUGUUCCGCGGCAAGUGGGGGGGGGCUUUUUGCCCUCCCUGGGCUCCGGAGGCUUUCCUCUGGAGCCUCCGGGAGGAUGAUGAUAAUAAUAAUAAUAAUAAUAAUAAUAAUAAUAAUAAUAAUAAUAAUAAUAAUAAUAAUAAUAAUAAUAAUAAUAUCAGAGUUGGAAGGGACCUUGGAGGUCUUCUAGUCCAACCCUCUACCCAGCCAGGAAACCCUACACCAUUUCAGACAAAUGGCUAUCCAACAUUUUCUUAAAAAUUUCCAGUGUUGGAAACUUCUGGAGGCAAGUUGUUCCACUGAUUAAUUGUUCUCACUGUCAGGAAAUUUCUCCUUAGUUCUAGGUUGCUUCUGUCCUUGAUUAGUUUCCACCCAUUGCUUCUUGUUCUACCCUCAGGUGCUUUGGAGAAUAAUUUGACUCCCUCUUCUUUGUGACAACCCCUGAGAUAUUGGAACACUGCUAUCAUGUGUCCCCUAGUCCUUCUUUUCAUUAAACUAGGCAUACCGAGUUCCUGCAACAGUUCUUCAUAUGUUUUAGCCUCCAGUCGCCUAAUCAUCUUUGUUGCUCUUCUCUGCACUCUUUCUAGAGUCUCAACUUCCUUUUUACAUGAAAAUGGCCCUCCGUUUCUGGCCUCCCCAAACUUUUGGGAGCCCAUUUUUUGCCCUCCACUGCCUCUGUGCGUGCCCUGAACUUACCUGCAUCCAAAAUGGGCCAUGUGGGGACUCCUGGAAGGGGUGGGGCAGGGUGGGCAGGGCCAGCCAGCAGUGGGAUUUGGGGGUUCUCUGAACUGCACAGAAUCUUAGCUAGAGGUUCUCCCAAACCCCCGGCAGCCCACCCCUGGUGCAGAAGCAAUCCAGGCAAAAGCGAAGCAUGAGUAACCAGAGCUCGCCUUUAAAGUCCUCGGCUUACGACUACAAUUGAGCCCCCCCAAAGUGACUAUUGUCCCAUUUGAUGACCUUUCUUGUCGAAGUUGUUAAGUGAAUCACUGCAGUUAUUAAGUGAGUAACAUGGUUCUUAAGUGAAUCCGGCUUCCCCAUGGACUUUGCUUGCCAAGAGGUUGCAAAAGUGGAUCGAGUGACCCUCCCUCUCCACCCCUCCCGGAGAUAACUGUCAUAAAUAUGAGUCAGUUGACAAGUGUCUGAAUUUUUGAUCAUGUCAUGGGGAUACUGCAAUGGUCAUAAAUGUCAAAAAAACCCAGCCCCAUGUCACUUUUGUCAGUGCCGUUGUAAAUGUUGAACGGUCACUAAAUGAACUGUUGUAAGUCAAGGACUGACUGCACAAAGCGCUCUUUUGUAGCAAUGCUAAAUGUGUUGUUCCAGGUGGGAUGGCCAACAAGUAUUAGAAUGCCCAGUUCACAUGUUCACUUAAAAUGGCCAGGCACUGCUGAAUAAUUGAACUUGUCAUGUCAUUGAACUUUGUUUAGUCGCAGUGGGGCUAAUCAUCUUAGAAGAGAUAUUCUACCAGCAGGUUCUGACAGGUUCUGGAGAAAUGGCAGAGGAAAUUUUGAGCAGUUCGGAGAACCGGUAGCGGAAAUUUUGAGCAGUUCGGAGAACCGGCAAAUACCACCUCUGGCUGACCCCAGAGUGGGGCGGGAAUGGAGAUUUUGCAAUAUCCUUCCCCCAGGAGUGGGGAGGGAAUGGGAUUUUGCAGUAUCCUUUCCCUGGAGUGAGGUGGGAAUCAGUGGUGGGAUUGAGGUAAUUUAACAAUCUGGCUAAUGAUUUCUUCCAACAACCAGUUUGCCAAACUGCUCAGAAAGUUAACAACCGGUUCUCCUGAAGUGGUGCUAACUGGCUGAAUCCCACCACUGCUAAUAGCCAUGCUAGAAAAGGGAAGGAAAGAAAUGGAAUUGGCUAGUCUCAAAUUCACCUAAUAUUAAACCAUAAUGAAUAAGACCUCUGUCUCCAUAUUGGGCUUUUCAUCAAUUAUUUAUUCUUUCAAAAACAAUAAAAGUUUCUGCAGAAAAAUGGUUCUUGGUCCUACCAUCAUCUAUUGAGCAUCUAUUCUGUCCUACCUUAAUAGAUUCUAGUGGCUAAAAAAAGGUGGAAAAUAUAAUGGGAAAAUACAAAUUCUAAAUGGAAAAUAUCGUGGCACUGAAUUCAUGUAAAAUAUAUGUAUGGAUGUGUUUGUCGAUGCACAUAAACACACUAAUUUAGAGAUAGAGGUAGAAGUAUCUAAAUCAGUCAGGAUACCCUUUCCUACCUUGGUCUUCUAUAUGAACACUAAUUUAUCCAGAGUUCACCCUGUGAUAUGCUCAAGUAAGAAAGGAUAUUUUUUAAAAUUUAAUUUACUUACAUAACAGCUGGGUAUAAUAGAUUGAUAUUUUCGCAUUUCAUGAUGUUAUUACCAAAUUAUAGCAAUUAGCCAUCAAUUGAAUUCAUGAACAUGUGUAUUCACAAAAGCACAGAUGCACAAUGCCAAAAAGCUGUGGAACACAAGCUAUCUACCAUAAUUCUACUUUUUCCUUUUUCCUUACGAUAUACAAUUGUAUAAAACCAUACUAUAGUAAUACGAGAUGUUAGGUAUAACAAUCUAAAUUUCCAUUUGCCCAUGUUUGGCUAUAUUAUAAAAUGAUUAGGGCACCCAUAGAAACGCCCUUAACCACCUCAGUCUUGAACCAUUCAAAACAUGGAAUUCAGAUAACAUGUUACUUUAGAUAAUGGAGGUUAAGAUUUAAAAACGUAAUAGUUUAAAAUAGCUGUCACUAUACAGAAUCCAGUUUUCACAGGUGAGACAAUUCCUGUUGUGCCUCGCCCGUCCCCCUCUCCUCAGCCGGGCCCCUCCCAUCUCCUAUUAUCUGAGCCAGAGACCGAUAGUGAAGAAAAAUGGCCUGGCAUGCCUCCAGCCCCCAGCCCUGGCACCAUGCCCGGACAGACUAAGCAAAUAAACCUCCCCCCUACACCGUGUGAGCAAGAAGCCAGCCACGAGCUAGAAUUACCGGCAGCUGAGCAGGAGGACAAAACAUGGACAGAUCCCCGCUUCCGGAGAAUGGAGAGGCGACAUCAGCAAAAGGAAGGGAGGGACAGGCCUGGAUAAGUGCUGAGUCAUGGAGCCACAUCCCACGGCCUAUAUAAAGGAUCUGCUUUUUGGCAUUCCUUGAGUCAGGCAAAGUCUCAUCUGGUUGCUGAAGUCACACCUUGGAUUCCUGCCUGCCCUGAGAACUCUGACAGGAAUUUGGCAAAGCUGCAGAGGUUUCGUGGCCACGCUUGAUACAGAUUUCCCAGACCUGUCCGUCAGAGGAGGAGUGGGACACGACAAUUCCUCUACAAGGAUAUCCAGAGCCUCACAAAAGAACAAAAUGUAUAUAAGAAGUUACCAUCAACUUCAGCAUCUGGGAGACGAUUGAGCUUCGCUAGUACCAUGCAAGGCAGUAAAAUCGGUUCAAUGGGUCGCAGGAGUAUCGUGAUCACUUCAGAACCAAAAAUGGAAAAAGGUGCUUUACCAAGCAGCAAACCUCUUGUUCAGGUUUUUGAUGAUCAGGGAAAAGAUGUGACACCUCGUCCACUUUAUCAUCCAGAAUUGAAUGUCGCACACAGACAAAGCAAAAUUUUAUCAGUACAUGAUUUUGCUGGGGUGACUCAACCUGAUUUCUUGUCUUCUUUAUCAAUGCAACAAACAUCUGUAGCUAGUAUUAGUUUAGCUGGUCCAUUUUCCAGAACCUAUGGGAGUGGCAGUGUUACAAAAUCAACUGCUUCUACUGAAUCAAUGGCAGAAGAGAUUGUAGAGCCCGGAUUUAGACGAGACACAAUUUCUAGUUUUACAGAUGUCCAGGUUAGAAGAGAGGAGAUGUUAGAACAACUGACAAAGCACGAUUUAGAAAAGGUCGUGGAUAUAUUACUGACUGAGACAGAAACAAUUUGGUUAUUUAACAUGCCAACUGAUAUGAUAUCCUCAGAAGCUGAAGAAGCCGAAGAUGCCAGGAAAAGGAAUAUUGCUUAUAUGGAACUCUGUAAAAACAGACUUGGCAAUGAUCAAUAUGCCAAUAGAAUGAUGCAAACAUUGAACGGAGCACCAAAGACAAAGGAAGUACAAUGUGACAAAAUUGUAAUGGCUGACAAAGAGAUAAUGGCCACUACCUGGGAUUUAUUUGAUUCUUUUAAUGCUUUGGAAGAAGCGACAGCAGAAACAAGUAGUGGAGCACUAACUACAGUGGCUGGUAAACCAGCUGCAGUCAAAGAGCGUGACAAAGCUAUGCCCCUUGGUUCUAUGGAAACAGAAAGCUUUACUUCAAGUUCCAUUAUUGAUCUUGAAAGUGUAAUUCUCUCCCGAAUUCAGGAGGAAACAGAAGACCAUUCAGAAAUUAUAUUUAAAUCUGACAAAUUUAAUCAAGAUCUAUUUUAUAUGGAAAGAGUCCUAAUGGAGAAUAUUUUCCAGCCUAAACUUGCAGCUUAUCGACAACUUCCUAUCCUCAUAGAACCAGAUGCCAAAUCUGACUAUAGUGAAUCGGAAUUUGAUAAUAUAUCAAUAAAGGAGGAGGAAAAGGAGGAGGAAGAAAGGGCUGAAGAAGAACAGACAUCAAUGAAAUCAUCCUUGCUGUUAGAGUUUGGUGAACGACAAGAAGAACUACCACCACCAUUUAUGGAGGCCUUGUGGUCCUAUGGAUGCAGUUUGACAAAAGGCAACAAUGUGAGCUGUAUGGCUUGGAACAAGUUCAACCCUGAUCUUUUAGCUGUUGGUUAUGGACAGUUUCGUUUUCAAGAGCAGAAGAAAGGCUUGGCAUGCUGCUGGUCACUGAAAAACCCUAUGUGGCCAGAACGUAUCUACAACUGUAUUCAUGGGGUAACUGCACUGGAUUUCUCUACAGCCAAUCCAAACCUCCUAGCAGUUGGACUGUUUAAUGGGACAAUAGAAGUUUACAAUGUCCAGUCCCGAAAUCAAACUUCAGUUCUAGAUAACAGCGAAUCCCACGAUAAACAUUUAGGACCUGUGUGGCAGCUGAGAUGGGUGGAACAAGACAGGGGAACAAGUGGAGAAGACAAAGGGGAGAUCCUCGUCUCUAUUUCAGCAGAUGGCAGAAUAACUAAAUGGUUUGUUCGGAAAGGACUGAGCUGCUCAGACCUAAUGAAGCUAAAGCGAACUACAGCUGAAAAGAAAAAAACAGGAACAGAAAGGAAAAGUGAAGCGCUUAUAUCUCGACAGGCUCCAGGACUAUGCUUUGAUUUUCAUCCAAAGGACACUAAUAUCUAUAUGGCAGGAACUGAAGAAGGUUAUAUUCAUAAAUGUUCUUGUUCUUAUAAUGAGCAGUAUCUGGAGACCUACAGAGGACACAAGGGCCCUGUGUAUAAGAUCACAUGGAAUCCUUUCAGCACGGAAGUGUUUCUAAGUUGUUCUGCAGACUGGACUAUCAUGCUGUGGCGCCAGGAUUCAGUUCGCCCAGUUUUAAUCUUUACUUCCACUACCAAUGUUAUUUAUGAUAUCAUGUGGUCUCCACGUUCCGCCUAUGUGUUUGCAGCAGUGAAUGAAACCAGGGUAGAAAUCUGGGAUCUAAGUGUGAGCACGUUGGAUCCCCUGAUUGUGAAUCCUGCUACUGGCAAUUUGAAAUUCACAACUGUACUUUUUGCUAAAAGUGCAGAUUGCCUUCUGAUUGGGGACAGUGAUGGACUAGUCACUGUUUAUGCACUGAGAAAUAUGACCGUCUCAGACAAAAAGAAGCGGAGAGGCUCUACUGCAAGUUUUUACAAACACUUCAAGCUAUUUACAAGUUGGGUUGUAGUGUUUUCUUUUUUAAUUUAAUUUUCUUUUAAGAUUUUUCAGAACAGAGUGCAUAGUGCAUAGACUCUUCUUAAUGUAUUCAAAAAUCCCUUUCAAUAUUUUUGUU